UGUAAUGUUAUGUGAGCAGUCAUCGACUUGUGUAUUUGUAUAAAACAGCUUAAAAUUCUAAAACGGAACGAAAAUGUCAAGAGAGGCUUAUGACUUGCUGCAGCAUGGUGUCAUGGGAGUGGUCACAGCAAUUACCAUAGGAAAGUGAAAGUAGCUGUGAGGACAAACAUAAUAAGACCCGAGCCUUUUGGAAAUUUGCGAUACUGCAGUGUUCAGCAGUCUGCCUUCAACCCAGGCUUGCCUGUGUGACUGAAAAUGGCUGCAACAUUGGGCCAAGUUAAAAGAGCUGUUCAUGUUGAAAUUGUUAACGACCCUGAGAAUCAAUUCUUCACUUCACCUGCGUGAGAUUCAAAGAUGUGACCAGAAAGAAACUGUGUUUAACUGCGAGGUUUGAAACAGUUACCAGCCUGGAUGUGAAAUCUGUUGGUUCCAGUUGCCAGGCGAUUGAGGCUUUUCCCAGUUGGAAACAAUUGAAACUGAUCCAUUUCCCCUGCUGAUAAAACAAUUGCCAUUUUUUUUUUGCUUAUUUUAGUUGAACCCAGUUUAUGUAAAAGGAAAUGAACAAAGCCACCUUGAAUGGAUUAGAGACCCUUGCACAUCAGCAUGAUAAUGUAUGCAAUCGUGAAAUACUAAAGAAGAAACUAAAACAGAAACUGAAAGGAGCUGUAUGUUUCAUGCCUUUAUUUGGAGAACACAAUUAAAUAUUAGAUAAAUCCUUUAAUAAACAAUUACUCUACACACAUACACCCAAUUUCAUUCAUCUCCAGGAAUGUAGUUUCUUGUUAAAAUCUUACAUUUUUAUUGGCGAUGUCAUUUUUCAUCUUCUUUAUCUCCUUUCCACUGUACUUAGCCUCUCGGUGCUGGGUGGUGGUUGAAGCUGGCCAUGAAAGAAAGGAUGAACCACUGAAUGUGACCAGCAAAACACAAAAAUAUUCCAAUAAAAUUACAGCAUAAUCUCAAAAUGGAAACAAUCCUGCCUCCCAAAUUAACUGCUCACAAUAGCUUCUCACUAUACCUAUCCAAAAAUGUCUGCCAAGAAAAUGGAAGAAAGUAAAAAUUAGCUCCUUAACUACCCAGCAGCAACAUAUCUUCAGAGAUUGAAGAAAUGUUGAUUGUUGAUUACAGAUUGAAAUCUCUCUUUGUCUGGGAGUAGCCACAGUGUGCAAGGAUGACUUCUUGUGGGCUUGUCAUUCAAACUGAGUGGUCCUUUUGAGUGCCAUUUGUAAAGGCCAGGCAGCCUACAGUUUCACUCAGUGCCAACUCAUCAGUACACUGGCAGUCCCCGCAUUCUGAAUGGGUUCUGUUCUGGAGUCUGUUUGCAAGUCAAAUUGUUCUCGAGUUUCGAACAUAAAGCACAACAGUGGAAAACAGCUGUUUCUAAGUACAUUGUCGAGUCUUUAAAAUUACAACCAUGUAUGGGAUCACAUUAAUAACUACGAGCACUCGUAAGUCGGAUGUGUGUAAAUUGGCGACUCACUGUCCCGCAAAAAUGAUGCUCCAGCGGGGUGUGCAGUUCCAGAACAGACACCAAAUUCGCAACAGGACUUACAUUUACAGCGAUUAUAUAUACAACUCGCCAACACCCUUGAUCUACCUCAGGAAGAAAGGAGAUGCUCUGUUUGUUAAGACUUCAGGCAUGGCUCGCGGAAGUGUUGGGGUGCUCACCUAUGCUUUUGGUUAUACCCAGUUCUCACUGCUGUUCUCGAACCCCUAUGAUUAUAAUCUGUACUCUACAGUUUUAGCUUUAUACAUCCCGAUUGAGCCUGAAAUGACAGAUGAAAAACUGUAUUACAAGAUGUACUACGAACUUGAGCCUUCAUGUUGUUUCGCUAGAGUAGAAUUGGGAUCCGGAACUCAACAAACUCUUGUCAGGGGAGGGAAUGGAGCUAUUUCAGCUACUGUAACAAAAAUGGGAAAUUGCUCUAUCAGUACCAGAGAUGUUUACUCGGCUGAUGACUACAAAUCUAAUUUUUUUAGAAAACCUUCCGCUCCAACAAUAAUGAAGCUACCACAUACAGGUUUACAAUUCAUUUUUUUUAUAUAUAGUAUUUGAUAGUACUGGCCUUGUAUAUCACUAAAAAGACUUCCCAACUUAUACUCAUCAGAGCGAUUCACAAGAAAUGCUAACUAAUGUAAAACGAAAGCAAUAUUUAUAUGUUGUGAGGAAGUGCUGAUUACUUGGCAAACAAACUCUAAUUGGUAGAUGCAUUGCGAUGGACAGUUCACCAGUUAAUUAUGACUGACAGUUAACUACCAAGUCAAGUUUAAAUGUUAAACCAGGCAAGAUUGACACAGCUUGGUCAAGGUGUUACCAAUGGAGAGAUACACCAGGGAAUGCUAUUAUCUGCUUUGUUGUCUUGACACAAAAUCUGCCUUUUUGUUUAGCAAUGCUCAAACCUUGCUGAUAUAUCUUAAAAUAUUGCGUUGGUAGAAUGUACUCAGCUUUGAAAAUGUUACACCAGUGUAAAGCCAGUUGAUCUUGAUCCUGAUUCAGAUUGAAGCUUUUUGUGAACCUUUGAAGUCUACAGAGACCAAUGUUGAACAGAUUAGAGCAUGCAAAAUGUUUUUUUUUUAUUUUGAAACAGUUUACUGAUUAUGUGAACAAUCCUAAUGUAAACCCUGUAAUCAUGUAAACCUGACUCCACUGGUUAAAUUGAUGUAAAUUUCAAUCUGUAGUCAUGAAUGAUUCUGACUCUGCCACACAAUAAUGGAAUGCAAAAGCAGCAAGUGAUUAGGGAACAGAGGGCAGAUAAAGGUUUGAAUGUGAGUAAA